GUUAUCUCCCAGAGCUGGUACUGAUAAAUGAUGUACAACACAAGUGAAUGCUGAGACACAGCCAAGCAGAGAAAAGGAUAUCUAGGAGGAAUUCCUUCACAGAAAGAGGCAACUCAUUAAAGGAAGAGAGCAGAUUAAGACUGAUUGAAAGAACGGUUCAGCAUGAAUUCCUCUGUAUUGCUGCAUCUCAUGGUGAUGCUGGUUCAGCUUUGGCCUUGUUCUCCCAGCACGCAGAACUCCAGUGCUGAAAACACAGUCGAGUCUUUCAUACCAGCUCGAAGAGUGAAACGUGGCUGGCUGUGGGAACCUCUUUUUGCAACUGAGGAACAGAUUUCACCAGAACCUGUGUAUAUUGGACAGCUGAAAUCAGAUUUAGACAAGGAGAAUGGCAGCUUACAAUACAUUUUGACUGGGGAGGGAGCUGGAAGCUUUUUUUUCAUUAAUGAAUAUGAUGGCAAAAUUUAUCUAAGACAAAAGCUGGAUCGAGAAAAGAAACCUUUCUACACUCUAAGAGCACAAGCAAUUAACAGGAGCACUCAUCUUCCUGUUGAACCUGAAUCAGAAUUUAUCAUCAAGGUUCGAGAUGUCAAUGACAAUGAACCGCAGUUCUUGGAUGGACCUUAUGUGGCCACUGUUCCAGAGAUGUCGCCUGAAGGUACUUCGGUUACGCAGGUAACAGCUACAGAUGCUGAUGAUCCUUCUUAUGGGAAUAGUGCUCGUCUGAUUUACAGUCUUGUUGAUGGACAGCCUUAUUUCUCUGUGGAGCCAAAGACAGGGGUCAUUAGAAUGGCUUCCCAAAUGGAUAGAGAAACAAAAGAUCAGUAUUUGGUCAUCAUUCAAGCCAAAGAUAUGGUUGGGCAACCAGGAGCGUUUUCUGCAACAGCCACUGUUACCAUCAAUCUCUCUGACAUCAAUGAUAAUCCACCUGAAUUUCAACAGCGGCUCUACUACAUGAGUGUCUCUGAAGAAGCUCCCGUGGGCACCACCGUAGGCAAAGUCUUCGCAGAAGACAGAGACAUUGGAGACAACGCAGCCAUGGACUAUUUCAUUGAAGCAGACAGCUCAGAUGUUUUUAACAUCAUUACUAACAAUGAGACUCAAGAAGGAAUUAUCUUACUAAAAAAGAGAGUGGAUUAUGAGAGCAAAAGGAGAUACAGUAUUCAAGUAAAAGCUGUAAACAGAUACAUUGAUGAGCGUUUUUUGAAAGAAGGACCAUUUGAAGACACAACCAUUGUCAAAAUCAAUGUGGAAGAUUCUGAUGAACCUCCAGUUUUCACCUUGGACAACUAUGUGAUGGAGAUUGUUGAAGGAGCUAUGAGGGGUGCACUGGUGGGGGUCGUAACUGCCAGAGAUCCAGAUGGUGAUGAGAGUCCAGUCAGGUACUCUAUUGUCCACAGCAGUCAUUUAAAGAGACUGUUCAGCAUCAAUGAACGCAAUGGAGCAAUCAUUGCCACUGAACCUCUGGACCGAGAGAUAGCUUCUUGGCACAACAUAACUGUUACAGCCACAGAAACAAGAAAUCCUGAAAAAAUUUCAGAAGCAAAUGUUUAUGUCCAAGUUCUUGAUGUUAAUGAUAAUGCACCAGAAUUCCCUAAAAAUUAUGAAACAUUUGUUUGUGAAAAUGCAGUUUCUGGACAGCUAAUUCAAAGUGUCAGUGCAGUGGAUCAAGAUGACUCAGCAGAAGGUCACCAUUUUCGUUUCUCAUUGGCUCAGGAGGAUGGAAAUAGCUCACAUUUUAUUGUCAAAGACAAUCAAGAUAACACAGCUGGAAUUUUCACGGGAAAAAGUGGCUUCAGCAGGCAAGAGCAGUUUUUUUUCUAUUUGCCAAUUUUAAUUCAGGAUAAUGGAACCCCACCGCUGACGAGCACAAAUACUCUCACUGUCACUGUCUGCGACUGUGACACUGAAGUUAACACCCUCUACUGCCGAUACGGAGCUUUCAUGUAUUCCUUGGGUCUCAGCACAGAGGCUUUAGUUGCUGUUUUGGCUUGCAUAUUAAUAUUCCUAGUGUUCUUUUUGGCAAUUGUAACCAUAAGGCAGCAGCAGAAGAAGAAGCUUCCCUUUUCAGAGAAGAUGGAAGAAUUCAGAGAGAACAUUGUCAGUUAUGACGAUGAAGGAGGGGGUGAGGAGGACACAGAAGCUUUUGAUAUUUCAGCACUGAGGACGCGCACUGUCAUGAGAACGCACAAACCUCAGAAGAAGGUAGCCUCCGAAAUCCAGAGCCUCUACAGACAGUCUCUGCAGGUUGGCCCAGACAGUGCAAUCUUCAGGCAAUUCAUUUCAGAAAAGCUCGAAGAAGCAAAUACAGAUCCUAGCGUUCCUCCCUAUGACUCACUUCAGACCUAUGCGUUUGAGGGGACUGGCUCCUUGGCAGGAUCCCUCAGCUCAUUGGGUUCAAACACUUCAGACAUGGAUCAGAGCUAUGACUACCUUGCAGACUGGGGACCUCACUUUAAGCAGCUUGCAGGCAUGUAUUCUUCCCAUAGAACUGUGGGGGAUUAGGCACUUUUUGAAUUGUUCUUUUGUUUUCCUAAGUCUCAGCAACCAAACGCAACUGUGGAUAUUUAAAAAGGAGGUCAUCCCACAUUAAACAGGAGAAAUAAGAGCCCAGGGGUUUUAAUAUGGAAAGUUUUGGAUGUGGAAACCUCUUGAAAGGAUAAAACACACAGGGGGUGUUACCACAUGAUGGGAUGGAGGUUAUAGUUUGAGAACCUUGGUAAUUUAAGUGCUUAAAUGCAAACCUUGCUGCUUUGGAUAUCUAGAGCCUCUUCUGGGUACUGAAAAUCUGGAUCUUGCUAGUAUAAAAGGAGGAGUAGAAGCCAUAAAUGGAUGUUGUAAAAAUUCUGUCAUCCAUAAGCUUUAAACAGUUUCCAAAGCUGACAGACUUAUGCUGUUGUGGUUGAAUAUAUACAUUAACCAAAGUUAAACAUGCAUAUUUGUAUAAUGCUUCAUUAUAUAAAUAUAAUUCUGUGAAAAGGUAGACCCUAGAUAUUGUAAUACCAUUGUCAGAAGUGCUUACAAGAUCAUCUAUUUAUUGUUCUUAGAAUGAUAAAACUAAAACAAAUGUCUUUUCCUAUCAGAAAAAUUAAAGCACAUUACAACAUCAGCAAGUAUUUGCUGCCGUUUUAGUUUUUAAUGAAGCUAUUGGAAAAUGAGUAAACCAAUAUUUAAUUUAACAAAUAAGACAGGAAAAA